ACAAAAUGGAAACCAAUUACUCCAUCCCUCUAAAUGGAUCAGAAGUGGUGGUCUAUGAUUCUACCAUCUCCAGAAUUCUGUGGAUCCUCUCAAUGGUGGUUGUAUCAAUCACUUUUUUCCUUGGCAUCCUGGGCAAUGGACUAGUGAUCUGGAUAGCUGGAUUCCAGAUGGCACACACUGUCACCACUACUUAUUAUCUGAAUCUAGCUUUGGCUGACUUCUCUUUCACAGUGAAACUACCAUUUCUUCUCAUCUCAAUGGCUAUGAAAGGAAAAUGGCCUUUUGGCUGGUUCCUGUGUAAAUUAGUUUACAUUGUAGUAGACAUAAACCUAUUUGGAAGUGUCUUCCUGAUUGCUGUUAUUGCCUUGGACCGCUGUAUUUGUGUCCUGCAUCCAGUCUGGGCUCAGAACUACCGCACUGUGAGCCUGGCUAGGAAAGUGGUUGUUGGACCCUGGAUUUUUUCUCUCAUUCUCACUUUACCUCUUUUACUCUUUUUGACUACAGUUCGAGAUCCUAGAGGGAAUGUACACUGUACAUUUAGCUUUGUAUCCUGGGGCAACUCUGUCGAAGAAAGGUUGAACACAGCUAUCACUAUGGUAACAACUAGAGGGAUCAUCAGGUUCAUCGUUGGCUUCAGCAUGCCCAUGUUCUUUGUUGCCAUCUGCUAUGGACUUAUCACUACCAAGGUUCAGAGAAGAGCCCUUUUAAAUUCCAGCCGUGCAUUACGAGUCCUUAAGGCAGUUGUGGCUUCCUUCUUUAUCUGUUGGUUUCCUUUUCAAUUGGUAGCCCUUUUAGGCACAGUCUGGCUCAAAGAGAUGCUGUUUAGUGGUGGUUAUAAAAUUCUUAACAAGUUGGUAAAUCCAACAAGCUCAUUGGCCUUUUUCAGUAGCUGCCUCAAUCCAAUUCUCUAUGUUUUCAUGGGCCAGGACUUUCGAGAAAGACUGAUCCAUUCCCUGUCUUCUAGUCUGGAGAGAGCCCUGAGUGAGGACUCUGGCCAGAUCAGUGAUACAAGUGCCAAUGUGGCUUCCAUUUCUGCAGACAUUGAGAUAAAGGCAAUAUAAGGAGGGGGCUGUGGGAUUCUUUUUGUCCCACCAUAGUCCCAUUCCACUUUUGUUUACCUUAUGCUGUGCCUAGAGCAUUAUUAAUCUGAAAAAGUACUUUUGUGUCCCCUGAAUUUGGGAAAAGAAGUAAAAGUCAAAGGGGCCUA